GGAAUGGGGUAACGGUGGCCUGCCAAAUCAUCAAAAGGGUAAUGGAGCACCCGAACAGAUCGCGAGAACCGAGUCUUCUGAGAUGGCACGUGCUCUCCAUUAUGUGUUCAAAAUUGGGAAUCGUAACAGUGCUUAUGAAUUUUUCAUCAAAACACUUGGAAUGAAGGUACUUCGUCACGAAGAAUUCGAAGAGGGCUGUAAGGCAACUUGUAAUGGACCUUAUGACGGUAAAUGGAGUAAAACUAUGGUUGGUUACGGCGAAGAAGACACUCACUUCGUCAUCGAAUUAACCUACAAUUAUCCGAUUGGAUCGUAUAAACUCGGAAAUGACUUUAAGGUUUCUUCGAAAACAACAUCUUACCAAACGCAAAUAAAUUCUUCGAUAUCAAUUAAGGGAAUAUAUAUUCAAUCAUCAGAUGUGUUCAAAAGAUGCCAAAGUGAAAAGAAUUCGAAAAUGGUAUCAAAUGAAUUACUGCAAUUGGCAGAUCCCGAUGGACACUGUUUCUUUAUUAAAGAUGGUCAUCGCAGAGUUGAUCCAGUUUACAAACUGGCAUUGAACACUCCGAAUCUAAACGCUACAGUCGAUUAUUGGAGUGAAAUACUAGGGAUGCAAAUACUCUCACGUGAUGAAAGCCACUGUUUACUUUCGUAUGGCGAUGAUCAGGUGAGAUUAUUCAUUUCAUUCUGA